UUCUGCCAGGGUAUGCAAACUUUUGAGCACAACUGUAUGUGGACAGUGGGACUAAGUUAUUAAAUUUUAAAUAAUACCAAGCUAUAGAAGGGCAGAUUGUUUUUCAUUAAAUUGUUUAUUAUGUUUCCAGAAAUGUUGGUUAUUCAUAUUUUUGAGACAUUACUGACAUUACAUCAGAAAUUAGCAGAAUUAAUUCUGAUUCAAAGUAAUGUCCAGCAUCAUCCAAUCACAGCCAACCAUGUUAAAAUAAAAUUAUACAUGAUAAAUCCUGAAUCUAUGUACUGAUUAUUGUCCCAUGUCUACCAAACAUGUUGAGUGAUCCAAACAUCAUCUGCAGCCUGAAACUGAACUUUUGGUUGGAUUUUAGGAUUGAAUGCACUUAGCUGCAUAGAGAGCUAUAGGAUGCUCCCUUACUCCCUAUUUAGUGAAUUACUUAGCCUUCAGUGUGCUGUCUGUCUGCACUGGUCUCAGAACAGUUUGAAAUGCACCUUAUUUUCAUCCUAACUCCAUAUAAAGCCUCUGAAAGCAACAUUUUUUAGCUUUCGGAUGAACCCAUUGAUUCUCAAUGUGAAAAUACACAGUGAAUAUAAGAAUGCAUUUACUAAUGUUAAUGAAUAGAACCGUAUUGUACAGUGAUAACAACAUAAAAUGUAUAUUAAAAUGAAGCAAAAUUACCCACAGAUGUGUUAAUGUUGAAAGUUAUUCAAAAUAACAUGUUUUUUCAACUUUUGAGGGAAUAAAGUCCCAAAAUCCACGUAUGUGGACAUCAUGUUUCUCAGCGCACUGAUGCGUGAAAAAUGUAUGAUUUUUAAAAAAAUGGCAUAUCAAACAAAACUACAGAUGCUACUUUUUACACCCAAACAGGUUUCAAUGAAAAAGCUUAAAGAAGUUUCUUACCAGAGGCACAUUUAUUGUCUCUGCGCCCGUAGAAGUGCUUCAUGGAAAUCAACGUCGUCGUUGUUGUUGUGUCACUUGACUCGGUGCUCCAGAAGUUUAACCCUUAAAUGACAAUCUAGAGUGUUGUGAACUGUUUUCAGUCGGUUUAAAUUAAUUUAAAUAUUUUUUUUGUGUAUAGCGAAGCCAAAAUACAACGUCCAUGUAGACAUGGGGUCGCACAAAGUUAAAGCAAGUAUAUUAUUUCUAAUGCCAAAGAAACUCUAAAGUCAGAGAAAGUGUUUACAGUUUUCAAGGAAAACAACCUACAAAUGGUUUACUUAUCGUUGUCUCUGCAUAUUAAGCUGAGGUAGGAGAAAAUAUUUAAACUCUGAAAAAGUUACACACUUAAGAUUUACACCUCAUUUAGGUAGGAAAGUACAAUAGGCAACAGUACAAUAUGUGAAGCAUACACAAUGUUUCUCAUUUACUCUAAUCUAUAAAAAGACAUGUGUAUGUAUGUGAAUCAGCAUUAGAUCUGUCUGGAAUGGCAGUGCAGUGUGAGUCAUGUCUGUCUCUGCAGGAGAGAAUGCAGUCUUCAGGGCACCGGUUGAGGGAUGUGGAGCAGCACCAGCCUCUGCUCAGCGGAGGAGAGGAGGAGGUGGCAUCCGGACGCGUCUGGUUCAUCCAGGACAGCUGUGGAAUGGUGUGCGCCUUCAUGACCUGGUUUCUGGUGAUGUACGCAGAAUUUGUGGUGAAUUUUGUCAUGCUGCUCCCCUCCAAAAGCUUCUGGUACUCUCUCAUCAACGGCAUGGCGUUUAACUUUCUGGCUGUGUUGGCGCUGACGUCACACCUGCGAACCAUGUUGACAGAUCCGGGAGCUGUUCCCAAAGGUAACGCCACUAAAGAAUACAUGGAAAGUCUGCAGCUGAAGCCUGGAGAGGUGAUCUACAAGUGUCCAAAAUGCUGCAGCAUUAAACCAGAGAGAGCACACCACUGCAGUAUCUGUAAGAGAUGUAUAAGGAAGAUGGAUCACCACUGUCCCUGGGUCAACAAUUGUGUCGGCGAGAACAAUCAGAGAUUCUUUGUCCUCUUUACUAUGUACAUAGCAUCCAUCUCUUUGCAUGCACUCUGUCUUAGCGGUUUCCACUUCUUCACCUGUGUUAAAGUUCAGUGGAAUGAGUGCAGUGAUUUCUCUCCACCUGUGGCAGUGAUGCUGCUGAUAUUCCUCUGUCUUGAAGCACUGCUGUUUCUCACCUUCACCGCUGUCAUGUUCGGCACUCAGAUUCACUCCAUCUGUAACGAUGAGACGGAAAUCGAGCGAUUAAAGAAUGAAAAGCCCACAUGGGAGCGGCGGGUGCGAUGGGAGGGGAUGAAGGCUGUUUUCGGCAGCCCACCCUCUCUGCUGUGGUUCAACCCUUUUGCUGGACUCCGCCUUCGGCGCCUGCUGAUGGUCCGUGCUUGGAAGGGCGGGGCCGAGUUCUCUGUUUGAAGAAGAAUGCUGUCUAUACUGGCAUGACCGUCUGCUUUCAUGCCUAUAACCCUUCUCACACAAGACAUGAGACUUCUGCCUUUAUACUGGUGCAGGUUUGGAGGUACUGCAAUGAAAACCUGUAUAAUAACUGAUGUCGCCCCUGGAACAAAGAGGCUACGACUCGAUACAGCCCGUCUGUGUCCACAUUAUUACCUCGUAAAGCAGAUCACAAUUGUUAUGCUCAUUUUGUCUUUAUGAAUGAGUUUUACUCAUGCGUUUGAUUUAUUUUUAAGUGGACAAUCUUUUUUUUUUUUUUUUAGCAUAAUGAACUUUAUGGAAAUGUAAACUUUGAAAUAUUUGAAGGGGGUCUAUAUCCAUUAUUUAGCCUAAAGAUGUUGCAUCUUGCUAUUUAAAUAGAGCUCCUUUGUGACAAAUAUCACAUUUAAUUCGGUUAACAAGCAAUGAUUAUAUAAACAAAAUUAGAUCUUUAACUAAACUGAAAUUUGUAGAGGAAUGUGUGUUGCCAAAAGCAGUUCUUGGGUGAAUCCCAUGAAAACGUCCGGCUCAUAUUUCAGCCCAGAAUCUAAAGAAAAAAAUAAAACAUUACAUUAACAAAUAUAUUUUUAGGACGCUUAGGAUUAUUUUCAUUGUGACAUGAUUUUCGUGACAAUUAAGCACAUUUCCCUCCCACAAUUCUCAUUGCUGUUAUGAAA